GGGGUUGCCAGCGCGUACGGCGCCACAUAGGAGCCCUCCAGAAAAUCCCCAAUUCCCCCGUCCGAUUCGCUGCUCGUCCGCGCUCUCGCCGCCGGGAUCUCCUCCCGCGCGCCGGCAGCCUCGCGGUGUUACCCUCAUCGUGGCCCAGCGGCCCAGGAAGCCCGCCUCGACGCCGGCGAUGGCCGCCGCGCAGGAGCCGAGAAGCGGGCUCUUCAGCGCCGGCGACUUCCGCACGUACAACCCCAAGGCUCAGCAUGCUGACGGAUGAUAUUUUACUGUCCAUCUUGGGGAGAGUGAGUUCACGUACGGCUGCAAGGACAAGUGUGCUCUCAACACGGUGGAAGCAUCUGCCUUGGUUGCUGCCUGAGCUCAGCAUCGAUGUGAAGGAUUUCCUGUCCGCUCCGUGCGCUGACCCUAUUGAGGAAAAUGAUAUGGAACAAGCUAUGAAGUCUUUGGCCAAAGCAACCAGGAGUUUGUUGGAUAAACAACGGAGAGAAUCCACUAUCUCAAGUUUGCACCUUAAGCUCUAUCUGUUCAACGCUUUCCUUUGUGAAGUUGGCCCACUGAUAGGUGAUGCAAUCGACAGUGGUUUGUUGAAAGAUUUGGAUCUCAGUGUUCUUGAUGAGACAGAGCCUCUUGACCAUAGUGAGGAAGAGAUGCAACAGCGAGCUCAAGACAUAGAUGCUUUUUUCACUGCCUACCCCAGUGUGCUCCACUGCCUCACAAAGCUCUCUCUAAAAAAUGUAGGCUUUGACAAAUUGGACAUGCACCAUGUUCUGUUUGACUGCUGCAAGCAACUGAAGCAUCUAAGCCUUCAUCAUUGUGAUACUGGUUCCUACUCUCUCUUCAAGAUUGAUGCACCAGACUCAAAACUCUGUGUUCUAGAAAUCGGGAUGUGUCGCUUUCUGAGAAUCGACCUUGUCUGCCUCCCUAAAUUGGAGAAGUUGGUUUGCGAUACUUGGGUAUCUCGGUGUGCCCCGUUGACCUUUGGUUUCGUCCCAUCUCUAGGGGAAUUAGAACUCUCGUGUGGUUCAGAUUGUGAGCAACACGGAUUUAAGUUAAGUGAGCUUCUACAUGGAGUAACAGGCAUACAUACUCUCACAUUGGAGUUCCAAGGAGAAACCCUUUGGUUGCAACCUGAAAUGGAGGAACUCCGCACCGCAUUCAGCAAGCUAAGGAAGCUGUUCGUAUGUGGUAUAUUUGUUGAAUUUGACAUUUUAUGGACGACAGCCUUUCUUGUGGCAGCACCAUCUAUUGAAAUGUUGCAUAUUGAGGUGUGGGGACAUACAUGCGAUGUGGGCGAGGCCAGACCCGCUUCCUACCAUGACAGAAGGAAUCCUCGGUGGGAAAUGCACUUGGACAGCAGCUCCGAGAACAGGCUUCUGAAAGAGCUAGAAUUCGCUGGAUUUAAAUCACUUGAACAGCAGUUUACAUUUAUAAGAUACAUGUUGGAACGAUCUCCCAACUUGCAGAAGAUAGUUCUGAGAGAUGAGGAACAGUGUGAUGACUGUGACGCCCUUAAGGUACCUCGUCCUUCGAGAUUUCCGAGGAAGGAAGAUGAGCAAGAGAUGGUGGUUAAGCGGAUUAGAGAUGGCAUGUUCUCGCCAGAGAUAAUUUUUUACGAGCACAUGACCUAUCUUACAACCAGCACUAUGAACAAUCUGCAAGUAACACUCUCUUCACUGGAGAUAACAAACGAAGCAAGAAGAUGAUAUCUUUUGGUUACACGUGGUGCAGUGGUUACUCCAUGCAGCUCAUCCAUGGAUUUCAUCCAGACCAUGCAUUGAGAGAGUCGGUAUUCAUAAUUCUCGGGUGUGCUGUCUCUGCACCGAGCAAACUUGUCUUCUUUCUGACUCAAGUCAUCGUCUUUGUGUCUCGCACCGUCUUCUUUCUGAAAAUUUCAAGAACGAUAGACAGAUCUUGAGACAAAUCAGAGGCCUUUACAACACGAAAAUAACUGGGAAAUAAUUCCAUGAACGAUAGACCGAUCUGGAGACGAAUCAAACUAAAGAGCACAAGCUUACAUAAGGACAGGGAUGUCUGAUUUGGGCCCAGGACGUGAGUUGUGGAGUGAGGUACCGAUGGGUGUGGCCAUGUCUCGCCUGCUGCCGCCUCUGGUUUUUCAUCUUGGCCACCUCGCCUUCUGCCACGUCUCCACCUCCUCCUAAACAGACACUGUGAAGACAGCGCUCCGCACCGUCAAUGCCUGCAGCAAGCAGCCUGACACCCUGCCGAGGGAACGCGCCGUCGCUGCCAGGAACCUAUCUGAUGCUAGUCCACAAAGACUACACCGACAACCACCUUGCCACACAGGAGAACAGAGCACGGCCGCCCACCCAGGUUUUUUUUCCUCUACGGACGCAUGCCCACCAAAGUGGUAGAAACCAAUGGGACACCUACGAUAAGUCAGGACAUGCAGGAGGAACCACGGCGGCUUAUUGUGAGCUCGGCAUUCCUAGAGAGGUGCCGAGGUUAGUAAAUGACA